AUGGAGCAGCUGUCACCGUCCGCCCAGCGCCUGAAGCCGGAGGCCCCUGCAGUCUCCGCAGACCUCUGCCACAGCCAGCACCCGAGGGUAAAGCGGCCGCCGAGCGCACACCUGCGCGUCCUGCAGUCCCCGCUCGCUGCGACGGCGCUCGCUGCUACGGCGCUCCGCCCCUUCCUGUCAGCUUGCAGUGAUAUGAUAAAUUUAGUAUGGAGCAUUUUGGUCUUAGUCACGGCAGAAUUUGUUGUUGGAAAUUUUGCCAAUAUUUUCAUAGUACUGGUGAACUACAUUGACUGGGUCAGAAAAGGAAAGUUCUCCUUUGCUGAUCAAAUUCUCACCGCUCUGGCUGUCUCCAGGAUUGGCUUGCUUUGGGUAAUAAUAAUAAAUUUGUUUGUAACUGUGCUUAAUCCAGUUUUGCAAAGUGGUAAAGAAAAUUUUUUUCUAACUGCCUGGUUAAUAACCAACCAUUUUAGUACCUGGCUUGCUGCUGGCCUGAGCAUAUUUUAUUUGCUCAGAAUAGCAAAUUUCUCCAACCUUGUUUUUCUUCGCUUGAAGAGAAGAGUGAAGAGUGUCAUUUUAGGGGUACUGCUGGGGACUUUGAUGCUAUUGCUUCUUCAGAUUGCACUGAUAGCUGGACAUGAGAAAAUGAGGGUGAAAGAAUGUGAAGAAAAUGUCACUUGGAAGACUGAACCAAGGGACACUGUAUAUACCAUUUCAAAUGUAGCUGUACUUCAUCUAGUGAUACUUGUACCAUUUUUUACAUCCUUGAUCUGUUUUCUGUUGUUAAUCUACUCCCUUUGCAAACAUCUCAGGAAGAUGCAGGCCUAUAGCAAAGGAUCCCAAGACCCCAGCACCAAGGCACAUGUGACGGCUCUGCAAACAGUGAUCUCCUUUCUCUUGUUAUUUGCUAUAUACUCUUUGUUUGUAAUUAUGUCCGUUUGGCUUUCUAUGGGUUUGAAGAAGGGAGCCUUUUUUUUUUCCCAGGUUAUUGGGACCUUGUAUCCUUCAUGCCAUGCGUAUGUCCUGAUUUGGGGGAACAGGAAGCUGAAACAGGCAUUUCUGUCAGUUCUUGGGCAGGUAAAGUGCUGGCUGAGAGAACAAAAACAUUAA